AUGGCGACAAUGAGCAGAAUACGUGUCGGCUACUGGUGGAGUGAGAAGAAGAGUCAGAAGAUGAAUCUUGCUGAAUUGGCUCGACAGUUCACAGAGAAGGGCUGCGAAUUUGUCCGCCUUGACCUCGAUGCAGACCUUGAAGCUCAGGGCCCUUUUGAUGCGAUCAUCCACAAGCUGUCCGAUGUGAUGUGCAAGGCUGACCGUGACUCCUUGGCUGCUCAGCAGGUCAAGUCUUUUGAGAACUACGCAAAGGCCCAUCCGGAGGUGGUCAUAAUCGAUUCACUGGACAAUGUUCGAAAGGUGCUCGAUCGCUCACGACAGUACCAGAUCAUCGAUGACAGUGAGCUGGCCAGUGAGGGUAAGAGUCAAGCGCUGUUCCUCCUUCCGUCACCGACUGUCACUUUCACCUUUGUUCGCCCAUGUCUAGAUGGAGUCUUUACGCCCACCUUUGUCGAGAUGACGUCCACUGAUGUGCAGGAGAACCUGAACAAGAUGAAGGAGUACUCGGUCAAGUUUCCCUUUGUGUGCAAGCCCAUUCUCGCUCAUGGAACGAAGUAUGCCCACAAGAUGUCAAUCAUCUUUGACGAGAAUGGCCUGAAAGACAUCAAUCCACCCUGUGUUGCACAGACCUUUAUCAACCACAAUGCCCGUCUCUUCAAACUGUUUAUCAUCAGGGACCGCUACUUUGUUAUCGAACGGCCGUCGAUUAAGAAUUUUAAACCAAACAAGUACGAAACGGUGCACUUUGACAGUCACGACAUCUCCAAGCCAUACUCAUCAUCGGAGCUGACGGCACUGGACGAGGAAGAUGCAAAGACGGCGGACAUUGCCAUUACCCCUGAAAAGGAACGACUGGACCGCAUUGUUAAGGUGAUUCGCGGUGAGCUGGGCCUCAACUUGAUGGGCAUUGAUGUGAUCAUUGAAAAUGAAACUGGUCGCUAUGCUAUCAUUGAUAUGAACUCAUUCCCAGGCUACGACGGUGUUGACAAUUUUCUCGAGCUUUACUGUGGCAUUGUGAUGGAGGACAUCGAAGCUGCUCGUCAGUCACAGCUGCCACCACCCUCAACACAGUCGACUCAAUCGGACCACAACGGCGCACCAAAUGAACCAAUCAGUGGGGACAGCAAACAGGCCAACAUCUCUAACGGCAAAGUGGGAGCCACCAGCAGUGAAAUUGACUCAGGCAUCGACACCUCCGACUCGUGUGACGAGAAGAAGCCCAAGUCGGCGAAAUCAGAGUCGGCUCAGAAGAAGAAGCAGCACUGUCGUGUUGCCCAAUAA